AUGUCUCAAGCAGAAGACAAGGAUACUUGCCUCCAUUCUUCCAUAAUAUUUCAACAUCAAAAUGUUCCACCACAAUUCAUCGUGUUCAUUUGUGCAAUUAAAAUUUUGCUUCUUAUAACAUCAGCAAUAGGAAAUACCUUGGUUAUCUCAGCAGUGUGCCGGAAGACUUCUACUCUUCGCUCGCCUUCAAUGGUUUUGCUUUCUGGACUCGCCACAACUGAUCUGGCUGUUGCUGUCUUUAUUCAACCACUAUUUAUAGCUUUCAAUAUGGCGCUGCUUUUUUCAAACUCUGACAUAGAUAAAUGUGUUUCCGAAAUUACAUUUAUAGCUCUUUCGUACACGGUGUGCACUCCUUCUUUAAUGACAGUUACAGCUAUCAGUUUAGAUAGGUUCUUAGCAAUCCAAUAUCACUUGAGAUAUUCCAGUAUCAUAACUGUUCCAAGAGUCAUUUUCAUUGCUGCUAUGAACUGUCCCAUACUGUGGAAUACGUCAUCUACUGUAGUGUUCAUAAAUUCGUCUUUGAAUCCAGUGAUCUACUGUUGGCGGCUUCGAGAAAUGAGACUCGCUGUAAAAGGAACCUUAAGGAAGAUGCUAUGCAAGAAUUGA